AUGCCCCUCCAGGCACCAUUCUUUCUCGCAUUCGCGACAACAAUCAUGGCCAAUGGGUUGGUGAAACGCCAAGGGCCAGACAUCAACGAAGAUGAUAUUCCUUCGCAAUGCCAGAACAACCUGGACUGCUCGUACUUCCUUGAUCAUGUCCGCUCCUGUGACCCGAUCAACCCACCCUUCUCCAAGGACCACGCUUUCCAGGACUGUAUCUGCCUGGACGUUGCAGCACUAGAUUACCUUUCCGGGUGCUUGCAAUGCACGCAUCAGUACAAGAACGGAGGAGACAUCAGGACCAUCUACGACAUCUGCAGUACCUACUCGAGCUCUUUUGAAAGCUCCUAG